AUGCCUGACAACUUGUCAUGUCCUAUUCCAAUGACUACGGUCUACACGCCACCAGAUGAUGCUCAAUAUUUGGAGCUCACUCCGCCUAUUGCUCCUGAAGGUAUAUCGGCCGGUGUGAUUAAUCCGACUUGUUCAUCGGCGUCAUUGUCUUCUUCUUCGGGGGUUCCUCAAUUCAUGGGACCCGUUCCUCCAUUCGGAUUUACAUCAUGCCCGCCACCUACUGGAUCUAUUCAAGCUGAUUGGUCCACGAGCGCCGCGAUAUCAAUGGAUCCUCCGUCAACCUUCUCUCCAUCUCCGACAACAGCCAUCACAUCCAACACUAGACUAUUGGAUCUGUCACUGGCAACAGCGUCGAACGACACUUAUUCCUUGCCAGUUGCUGCUCAACAGAAGACCAUUCCACCAGGGGAUGCUAAAUCCAAUGGAGUCCUAACGCUUCAAGAAAUAUUGGCAGUAUACAACGAAAUAAUUAAGAAAGGGAAUGCCACUCAGCAUCAUAUUGGAACUGCAUGCCUCCGUCUCACUAGCAUUGCAAUGCGCUAUGAAGCAUUCAUCAGCGGGAAGGAUGUUCCGAUAGUCACAAUGAGAAGUUUAUGGAUCAAUUUCGAGCGAGAUUUAGCUUUUAAAAAAGAGGAUAUGUAUUUUUUGACCCUAGACCUAAAAACAAUUAUAACGCGGAAGGAUCUGUGGCAGCUUGCUGACAACUUCUAUGAAAAAAUUAUCGAAAGCGGCUAUGAAAUUUUGCAUACAUUUGCCGAGAAUCCUCUGAAGUUGUAUACAUUUGAGGAGCUCCUUCAUUUUGCGGAGAAUCAUCUUAGAGAUAGACGCUACCAGCAUUUGGAAUAUCUCGCAAAAAUGCAUCGCAAUGGCCGCCGAAUUGUACGCGAUAUGAACAAAUUGUAUGAGGAGAUACCAAGAGAGCAAAAGAAUGAUCUCGAAGGCCAAUUACUUUGCGAUCGACUGAAUCAGCAGCGUCAAAAGCAACUCAAGAUUAUCGACGAAAUUCGGGUUGUUCAUGAGAAAAUCACGCAUACCGUCGAAGUCAAUUAUCCAAAGCAAUGGAAGAAAAUAUCGGAGAUCAGAGAAAGAUGUAGAAGGCCCGAGUGCAAAGGCCGAAAGUGCUAUCCAUAUGAACGCCUUAAAGAUUCGGAAGAGGAGCGUGCUCGAUUGGAAACGAUAAUUAAAGAAAUCGGUAUCGAUAUACAAAUGAAGGCGCAACUGGCACAUGGCGCGCCGCGCUAUCGAGAAAUCUUGCAAGCUCACGCCGAAAGUCCAAUUGACACGAAGAAUUCGAUUCUGUCUUCGCUGAUCAAUGAACCCGAUGAAGGAAAAUGUGAUAAGAGAUUAUCAGAAGCACCGCAAUAUGGCAUGCUCGUUCACUCGUCUCCCCAAUCUUCGAUUCAGACGUUUCCAAUUACUGAAGAGGCGAAAUCUCUUGGAUCGUCGACGUCGACAACAAUUUUUUCGCCAACGUCGGCGUUUACGCAUAUUCAACCAAAGUUUACCACAGCGGUGAAUUAUGAUUCCUCCUCUUCGACCGGCAUGCCUUCUUUCCCGUUCGAUUCAACCGGCUUCAUGAAUCAUCCGAAUCAUUCAUUCAAUUCGAAUGAGGAAAUUGUUAAAAUGGUGCAACAUCAAAUCGCUGAGCAGAAAUCAUAUUACGACAGUCUUAAGUAUCAACAGCAGCCGAUGCAAGCGAGGAGGGCGAUCGAGGAAAUGACAAGAGGGCAGGCGCCACAGAUCAACAUGGUUCAGAACAUGUCGACAAUGCAUGGAAACAAUCCUCAGCCAUUGAUGCAAUCGGCCCCAGUUUUAAGACCGACGGCGAGAUACCCUUGCGUUCCCCCAAGUCAACAGCAAUUUGUGCAUGAUGCGCCGGUGCGUCCGAUGCAAGCAAUGGAGCAGCAGCGAGCUCAAGAAAUGCCUAACAUGGACUCAAUUCACCCGGCAAGUCAGAUGAUGCCAUUGACUCCGCUGUAUCCGAUGCAUUUCAUGCCGCCAACGGAAGACCAACAUUCCAUGAGAGAGCUCCAGCAACAUUUUGCGGCACAAGCUCAGUACCAAGAUAGAAUGGACCAUGCCCGUCAGCAGUUUUUAAUGCCGCAGUUUCAUUUCCGCCAUCCACUGAAUUCGAUGCUGCGUGUUCGACAGCAGUUCCAAAUGCCGAAUAUGCGUCGAGCUCAGCCGAGACCGCCAAAUCGUAGACAGUAG